AUUGGCUUCCCUGGCAGGAUCAUCGAGGCGGUCUGUAUCGGUUGGUUCACAGCUGAGUGUAUCGUCCGUUUCCUGGUUUCUCGUGAUAAAUGUGAGUUUGUCCGUCGUCCCCUGAACAUCAUCGACCUGUUGGCCAUCACGCCGUACUACAUCUCCGUCACCGUGACGAUCCUGACAGGGGAAAACUCUCAGCUGCAGCGUGCGGGCACGCUGCGCGUCCUGCGCAUCAUGCGGAUCUUCUGGGUGAUCAAGCUGGCGCGUCACUUCAUGGGCCUGCAGACGCUCGGCCUGACGCUGCGCCGCUGCUACCGCGAGAUGGUGAUGCUGCUGGUCUUCAUCUGCGUCGCCAUGGCGAUCUUUAGCGCACUGGCCCAGCUGCUGGAGCAUGGCCUGGACCUGGAGACCGGAAACCAGGAUUACGCCAGCAUCCCCGCCGCGUGCUGGUGGGUCAUCAUCUCCAUGACCACGGUGGGAUACGGUGACAUGUACCCGGUGACGGUGGCAGGCCGCGUGCUGGGCGGCCUCUGCGUGGUGAGUGGCAUCGUGCUGCUUGCGCUGCCCAUCACCUUCAUCUACCACAGCUUCGUCCAGUGCUACCACGAGCUCAAGGUUCGUUCCGCCCGCUGCACCCACAGCCUGUCUGCAGACUUCAUGAACUGAAAGACUACAGGAAGAACUACAGGAAUUUCCUCAGACAUCAGAGUCUAACGCUGCUUUCCAGUUCUUCUCUGAAGUCUGAAUUUCCGAGUUUCCAGUCAGAAGUUUGAACCUGAACGCCUCCUGAAGUCGGAGCAUCCCCGACAUCAGAAUCCAAGAUGGCUGUUCCUAGCAACUGUUGCUAACAACAGCUAGUCUGACAUACGACUGAAUUAGUUCACUUUCAUGGUUUAAUGUUCCAGGUUUUAAAUGUGAACGUCUUUUUAACAACGUCCUGAAGAGUUUGUGUUCAACUCAUUUCUUCAGGUGGAGCAGAUUUGAAAGAGCAGAUAUAAAGUCUUUCCUGUCGCCGUCACUCUGAGUUCUGACCUCCAAUGUAAAUGGAACCAAACCCACAAAGAGUCGCAUUAGGUCCAACAAAAACUUUUCAUAUUUUUACUACCAGGUUUUGUUUUAUGCCUUCAGGUUGGUCUCAGGUUUCCGGAGCCUCAGUUUGUGUUUUAUAUCCACAGAAAGAAUCGAACACAGUUUAUUUUACAGGUGCUGUAGUUUCUGGAUCAUUUCCAGUGAAGUUUCCUGGACAGAGCUAUGUAAACACAGUGUUCAGUUAAACAGCCCACGCAGCUGUGCAGACCAUGUUGUUGACUUUUAGAGGACAAAAAUCUGCGCUCCAUGUACAGACACAUAAAUAUUCAUCUCCAUAUCUGUUGAUUUGUCUAAAACUCAAGCUCAAUGAAUCUGAGUGAUCAGUUCUCACUGCUCCACCUUCUCUGACAGAGGUUGGUUUAUUUUUUUAGAACCAAUGAGAUGAAAAAUAAACUUUGUUUCAUCAGAUCCUGAGUUUCUCUGCUGCAGAGUUCAGUCUCUGGAACCAGAUACAGGUCUUAACGACUGAAUCAUUGAUCAUCAAUCAGUUCUGACUGAAACACCCAUCCUCCAUCCAGACUCCAUGAUCCUCACACAGAAACAUCCUCCUCACACUAUCUGAUAUUUAUAAAAGCAGAACAUCUUCACCUCUGACAGACCUCAGAUCAGAGUGAACACAGGUCAGACACACAAUCUUUGUUUCAGUUUGUGUUGUUGAUGUUUUUGUGUAAAAUGUCAAAGGUUCAUUUAUAAACUUCACU